GGAGGGCGCCUGGAAGCGGCUAGAGCCGAACUGGUGCUCACCUUGGGCUGUUGCGGCGCGCGCCGGCUCUGCUUCCGGGUCAGAGGGCGGGGGCUGCGAUUGGCUCCCGGGCCCUCCCGCGAGAUUUAAAAUGUAAACCCGCUAUCUCUCAAACAGUCGCCCUUGUGCAGCCGGCGGGAGCUUUCUUCAGGGGAUUUUGCACCUCCCCGAGCCAGCAUUGCAUUCUGUCCUACAUUAAGAGGAUGGCUGGGCUUAAUCAGAAGUCUAUCUUGGAUAUGAUUAAAGAGUUCAGAAGGAACUGGCACACUCUUUGUAACUCUGAGAGAACUACUGCGUGUGGUGCAGACUCCAUGCUCUUGGCAUUGCAGCUUUCCAUGGCAGAGAACAACAAACAGCAUAGUGGAGAAUUUACAGUCUCUCUCAGUGAUAUCAUAUUGACCUGGAAAUACUUUCUACAUGAGAAAUUAAACUUACCAGUUGAAAAUAUAAAAGUGGUUGACCAUUAUGAUGACAUCCGGAAGAUUUAUGAUGAUUUCUUAAAGAAUAGUAACAUGUUAGAUCUGAUUGAUAUUUAUAAAAAAUGUAGUGAUUUGACUUCUAAUUGUGAAAAUUAUGCAAAUAUAUCUCCUAGUUGCCUAUUGGAUUUUCUGUCUGGCAGAGAGUAUGCAGUAGCUGAUGAGACUGAUCUUUCUAAACCAGCAUCACCAAUGAGUAAACACAACCAGGAAAAUGAAAAGGUACGGUUACUAGCAAAGAAAAUUAUCUACUCAUAUUUAAACCUGCUAGUGAAUUCGAAGAAUGACUUGGCUCUGGCUCAUAUUCUCAAUAUUCCUGAUAGAGGACUUGGAAGAGAAGCCUUCACUGAUUUGAAACAUGCUGCUCGAGAGAAACAGAUGUCUAUCUUUUUGGUGGCCACAUCGUUUAUUAGAACAAUAGAGCUUGGAGGGAAAGGAUAUGCACCAUCGCCAUCUGAUCCUUUAAGGGCACAUAUAAAAGGAUUGUCUAAUUUUAUUAAUUUCAUUGACAAAUUAGAUGAAAUUCUUGGAGAAAUAUCAAAUCCAAGCAUUGCGGGGGGUCGGAUACUCUCAGUGAUAAAGAUGCAGCUGAUUAAAGGCCAGAACAGCAGGGAUCCUUUUUAUAAAGCAGUAGAGGAAGUUGCUCAAGAUUUGGAUUUGAGGAUUAAAAAUAUUAUCAAUUCUCAACAAGAAGAUGUAGCUCUUAGUACCACUGACAUCAGUCCUGCACGGCCCAAAUCUCAUGCCAUAAACCACGGCACUGCGUACUGUGGCAGAGAUACCGUGAAAGCUUUACUAGUCCUUUUGGAUGAAGAAGCAGCCAGUGCUCCUACCAAAAACAAAGCAGAGCUUUUGUAUGGCCAUGAGGACACAGUUCAUCUUGGUGGGACUUCUGUUCUCACACUUUUCAGAUCUCCCACACAAGUGGAUAAUUCAUCGAUGAAACCCUUAAGAGAACGCAUCCAUAAGUCAAUGGAAGAGAAAAAAAUCAAGACGAAGCAAACCUUAAUUAGAUCUCAGUUUGCCUGUACUUAUAAAGAUGACUGCAUGAUAAGCAAGGAUAAAUGGAAUAAUGUUAAUUCAGCAUCAAAGCCGUUAUGUGUUCUUCACAUGGAAAAUGACCUUUCUGAAGGUGUAAAUUCUUCUGUUGGAAGACCAACAAUUGGAACAAGUUCUGGAAAUGUUCAUGUGGGCAGAAGUAAAAAAGAAAAAGUAGCAAGAAAAUCAAGUAGUCUGACAGGAAAUACAAGCUCAAAAAGGAAACAGGUGGAUUUGGAUGAUGAAAAUAUUCUCUGUGAUAAUGGAAAUGAACCACUUCAACACAAAAUUGUUAAGAUACCCAAGACAUCAAAAGAUUUGCAGAAUAAAUGGAAUGGUAAACUACUCAGAGUUGCAAAAAGCAACAGAUGUACCACCAAGGACAAAUUGAUCACUGGCCAGACGAAGUUGACUCAGUUUUUUAGGCUAUGAAAUUAUCUUUUAUGUUCUUUAGGUUUGUGUAUAUAUAUAUAUAUAUAUAUAUAUAUAUAUAUAUAAAACCAUUUACCAAAUUCUUUUACUUAAUUUUUAAGCAAUGAAGGUGUAAGUUAUAGUGCUUUAUUAUUUUGGUCUGCAGUGUACGUAUGGUUAACAUGUUAAGCAUUGUUUUAAAAAAAUACUAGUAAGUCAUAAUUUUGCAGAAAAUUCGUAAAGUUUAAUGCACAAGUAAAGCAAUCAUUUAGGCGUAACUUAAUUCCACUUUCUUUUAAGACAGACAUUUAAAAUAAUACAAAUCAUAGUAACAUUAAGGGCUUCUUUCCCGAGAGGCAAUUAAAUGAUUUUGCUUUCUUUUCAAAUGAUGAUGUGGACCAACAGGCAUCAGACUUGCCAACAAGGUCGAUAGACUCGUCCCAGCAUACACCUGAGCACUGAAG